CGAGCGGGCCUUGUCACCUGUGGUGGUCAUAUAAAAAGCCGUGGCGGAAUCUGUUAGAUCGACUCGCCCCUUGUGCUUCCUCACAGCCGGGCCCAUCCAUCCCUUCAGUUUAAGAUGGCUUCCCUCAGGCUCAUAAUCGCCCUCUUGGCCCUCGCGUGCGGAGCCCUGGUGGACGGAAUUCCGUGCAAGCUGAAUAAGAAGGCGCCGUUAGGCGUCUGUGGCCGUGCGGUAGCCGCCGUUGACGUCAAUGUCAACGUUAAGACUUGCCCGGAUGAGAUGAUCCGCGUCUACUUCGACGAGGUCCGCGUUACCGUCACAGACGACUACAAAUGGAUCCAGGCCAACAUGAAGGCCAUCGCUGCCCAGAAGGCCGCCGCCGAGUACGCCGCCCUUGUCGAGCUCCUCGCUCAGCUUGAGGCCGCCAAACGCACCUUCGACACCGACUACAACGUUAUCCAGACCGAAGUCUACGAGCGCGUCACCGGCUUCCAAUCCAAGUAUGGCCUGCUCUCCAUCUCCUACACGGAGCGUGUCGUGGUGGUCCGCAAGUCAGUUCGUAUGCGCUUGUACCCGGACUUACGAAACUUCCGCGCUAUCUACAUCAAGAUGCUGCCCCUGUUCAACGAUUUCUACACAAAGUACAACCUCGAACGCCUGAUCCGCGCCCGCGCUCUCCCGCGUGCUUGCGAGUACAACUUUGCCAACUACCUCCCGUACUCCAUUUACGUUGCCGACAUCAACGUUCUCACUUCUACUCCGUGGAAGGACUACCAGUACGUCCGCGACCUUCUCAACAAGCUCGACUUCCCCGUUGGAUCGCCUGAGUACGAACUCAAGAUGAGAUUGAUGGAUCAGUUGAUCGAUAACUGGAUCGAAUUCAACAACAACCGUCGCGAGCUUGAGAUGAUCUACUAUCCGAAGUUCGUUGACGCCGGUGACAACCAGAAGCUCAUCGACGACCUUUACCUGGACUACCUGGCCAAGCUCCGUGGGUACACUUACAAGUACGGUAACGGAUUCUUCGAAGUUUACGGCCAAGUAGAGGACCUUUACCUGAAGCGGAAGCUGCCUUUCGUUGCCUACGUGGACUUCGACGGUAUCUCUGCGGAGACGGACAUCCGCUCGCUGUACCUGCCCUCAACCAAGCUCUCCAAGUACUAUACUAAGAUUAUCGUCACUUCUCGAAUGGAUUACCUUACCGCCAAGCGCCUCUGGGACAACCUCAAGCUCAACCCUGACUCACCCGAAUGGCAGCUCAGGAACUCCGUCCUCCCCGAACUCAAGCAGCGCUUGGAUAACCUCGAGAUCCUGCUAAAUCGGAACAUCCGCGAUUCCUUCCGGCGUAUGUACGAGCUCUACGGAAAAAAUCCCGGCUGCGACUUCGACAAGGAGUACGACGCUAUCGUCAUCGAGAUCACGACGACCACUGACAAAAACAUAUUACCGAUCCUGUACGAGUUCCGCGAGUACUACUACAUCAACGACGAUAAGCUCUCCGAACUCUUUGACAAGCGCGGCUGGAAGGACGUCACACGCAACAUCAUCGCCUGCGACUCGUGGGGAUACGACGCUACCGUCCUUAUGGCUGACGAAGACCUCAGGGGUCUGUUCAAGUGGUCCGAGAAGCUGCUUAAGAAGAACUACUACGUCCCGCUCAACGAUCUGAUCCAGCUGUCUUUCCCUGAGAACUCCGAGGAGUGGAAGCUCCGUCGUGAUGCCCUCAAGCGCCUCGAGAAGGUCUGGUUGGAGUACCGUCAGAUCAACAACUACGCCAUCAGGAACUACAUCCGGCUGGUCAGGAAGAAUAAGUUCGUCAUGGGAUCACCCGAAUGGGACCGCGAGAUCAAAAAGAUCCGAGAGUACUGUCGCCCCAAGAUGGUUGUCAUCAUCGAAAAGUUCAAAAAGGACUGCUUCGAGAUCAACGGCUACUUGGACACCCUCUACGCAAAGCAGGUCGGCACCACUUACUCCCGCAGCUACGUCUACCAAGAGACGACCUUCGAGAUGACUACCAUCACAACUACCAGGUCCACCACCGUCACGUCCUCCGGCACAUGCUGCCCCUGUUGAUUUGCUUAGAAUAUAGUGAGGAUAUUAAAAAGGAUUUGUAGUUAUUUCAA